AUUACAUCACAUUUUUGUUUUAUCGCGAGAGUUCCGCAGAUGUCCAGCUUUGCCACUGCUACAGAGUAAAGCAAACUCCAGCAUUCGACAUGAACCGGGUCUUCAGCAAAGGUUCCUUGAAGAACCUGACUGGCCUCAUCCAGCGGUUUCAAAGCACCUUGGUCAUUGCAGAACACAGCAAUGAAAAACUGACACCUAUUACUCUCAACGCCAUCACUGCCGCCAGUAAACUUGGUGGAGAUGUAGCUUGUCUGGUUGCAGGCACAAAUUGUGCCAAGAUUGUGGAGGAGCUAAGCAAAGUAAAAGGUGUGAAGAAGGUUCUGGUGGCGCAACAUGACGCUUACAAAGGAGCCUUGCCAGAGGAGUUGACUCCACUUAUUCUGGAAACACAAAAGCAGUUUAACUUCACUCACAUCUGCGCUGGUGCAUCUGCUUUCGGAAAGAACUUGCUGCCCAGAGUCGCUGCAAAGUUGGACGUCGCCCCAAUUUCAGAUAUUAUCGAAAUCAAAUCUCCUGAUACGUUUGUAAGGACCAUCUAUGCAGGAAAUGCCCUCAGCACAGUGAAAUGCAAUGAACCAGUGAAGGUCUUCACUGUCAGAGGGACGGCUUUUGAGGCAGCUUCAGUGGAGGGAGGAAGUGCUGCUUCAGAAGAUGUUGCUCCGGCUGCUCUUGCUGGAGUGUCAGAGUGGCUUGAACAGAGUUUGACCAAGAGUGACCGACCAGAGUUGACAGGUGCAAAGGUUGUGGUGUCAGGAGGAAGAGGAUUAAAGAGUGGAGACAACUUCAAGCUGCUUUAUGAUCUUGCUGACAAACUGAACGCUGCAGUUGGAGCAUCUAGAGCUGCAGUGGAUGCUGGAUUUGUCCCAAACGAUAUGCAGGUUGGACAGACAGGCAAAAUUGUAGCUCCGGAGUUGUACAUUGCAGUUGGUAUUUCAGGAGCGAUUCAACAUUUGGCUGGAAUGAAAGAUAGUAAGACUAUUGUUGCUAUCAACAAGGAUCCUGAAGCUCCCAUUUUCCAGGUGGCUGACUAUGGCUUAGUGGCAGAUCUUUUUAAGGCCGUUCCUGAGAUGACGGAAGCACUGAGCAAGUGAAGAGCCGCGCUCCACCAAACCUUCAACAGACUUCAACAGCUUCAGCAAGAGUAAUAACAGGAAACCUGCUCAUUGCCUUAAAGAGUUCCUGAAGCUGCGUGUUUCAGCGUCGAACCAAUGCCGCCGUCAAGAUCCACUAUUAGUAGUUUCAAGAAAGAAAUACCAGUUUUUGUAUAUAUCCUACAAAUACUUAAUUCCUAAUAAAUGAUCUGUACUAACCUA